GGGAAGAAGAAGGAGGGUGUUGAGCCUGGGACCGUAGAAAGUGAUCUGUAGGCUGAACCUCUGAGAAAAGAUCAUCGCCACCAUGAUGGACGAGGAGAUCAAGGAGGACCGAGCUAAGCUGAAGGAGGGUGUGGUCAAAGUGCUGCAGUGUGUGGCCACCAUCUCCUCGGCAGCAGCUGUGGUGAACCCCAUCUUUGGCGUCGCCGGCUCCCUGAUCCGGGUGGUGCUGCACCACAUCGACGACGAAGACAUCCGCACCCUGAAGCGCGAGUUCGGCUCGGUCAACCGGGGCCUGGACGAGCUCUCGCAGCAGAACCGCAAGGCGCUGGUGCAGAUCGAGAAGGAGACGGUGGACGGGCAGUACUGCCACGUGGAGGAGAACCUGAAGCACCAGUUCAAGAAGUUCAUGGAGAUGGUGGAGGCGCGGCCGGCGCACCGUGAGCGCAAGAAGGACGACUUCGAGGUGAGCUACUCCAAUGACUUGGGCGACCAGAACCUGCACACGCUGUACGACGGCGUGGUGGGCAAGCGGAAGCUCUUCAGCAGGCCCAUCCUGGACGUCUACCUGAAGUACUCGCAGGGAGACCGGCGCAUCAUGGAGCGCCUGUGCACGCGCCUCACCUACCUGUUCUGCAUCGGCCUCAUCGCCCUCAUGGGCUACGCCGCCGUCAUCGGAGACGACGAGGAGAGCCUGAGCGAGGAGUGGGCCGAGAAGAUGGAGCACGUUCAAGAGAAGAUGCAGGAGGCUCUGAGCAGGUGUAAAUGAAGAGGAGGGACUUAACACGUCCACGCCCCUGCUCUAACUCCGCCCCCUUUCCCCCUCCCUGAAACCCACCCGCGGCUCAUUUAAUCGCUUCAAAGUGAAGGCAGCGCUGCGCCUUGUUAGGCUCAGAACGUGCACGUCAGCGGGCUUUAUGACGGAGAUGUUGCUGCAUUUUAUAUUUUCACAUCACAGCUGCGUGAAGCUGAAGUUUAAAAAUACUUCAGCUUGUCUGACUCAAAGAUAAACAGGUCAAAUAUGAAUCUAAACUACAUGGGGUGAAUUUAAAAGUCUAACACACAAAUACUCUUAAAAUAGCAGCUGGGUGAAAAAAGUUGCAAACGAACGGAGCGUUGCAUUUUCCCUUCAGUCCCUCCUCCGGCUCCAGCAGCUGAAGGAAAGAAGCUUCAAACAUCCAACGAGCUAAAGUCUCUGGUUUCACCACUGCAGCCAGUUUAGCAGCUUUAAUGCACUUUGAAAUAUUUUCUGCACGUUGCAGUUUUCUGACAAAACCAUAAAUCACAGAAUAAUCAACAGGUUUGUCUGGAGCUACGAUAAACGUGAGUAAACAAGCUGACAAAUAAAACAUCCUGAAGUUUGCAGAAUGAUGCAAAUGUAAUCGUGUUAUUUUGACCUUUUUGUCAUUUUGUCUGUUGGGCUCAGAUUUAUUGGCUGCUAAAGUUCAUGUUGAAUUAAAGAAAUUAAAACCCUAAAGAGAGGGAGAACAUCUGUCCUAAACAGGAAGCUGCAGAUGUUUUGUCUUCACUGACACUACACAGGAUCCGGUUCUGGUCCAAACUGUCCGGGACGUUAAGUUUUUGUGCCUUUUUGGAAGAAAACUGCAAUUCAGUCAUUAAAAGUUUUAACAUUCUGUGAAACUCCAGACUCAAUUAUUUUAAUUUCUCUAUAAUUUCUGUUUUGUCUUCAUCCGAGCCUGAACGAGCUCAUAGUUCAACACUAACCUGCGUAUUAAAUGGGUUUAUUUUUACAGGUCUGGAGGAUCGGGGGGGUUGUUUAAUCAUUUAAUAUCAUGUCAGUAAAGUUCAGAUUUAUUUAAUCCAAGAGCUCCAGAUGUUUCUGUUGCCUCGCGUCAAUAUUAAUCAGAAUAAAUCCGCAGAUAAUUCGUUAACGAGCGUCUCUUGUGAUUCCUGGUUUCUGACGUCAUUUUAAAUAUAUUUUUACAUGUUGGGUCUAACUCACUGCUCUGGUUUGUGCUUCUGCCAUUUAUUGUUACAAGAAAAGUGCUUUAUAGGUUUUGUUUUUAGAUGUUUUCUUUUUUUAUGGAUAUAAA